GACGUGUGGUCCUCCCACGACAACUCGUCCGGAAAGCGGGCAGUUUAUUGCCGCGUUCAAGACAACUGGGAACUCGUAAAUCUCCGACUUCAGUGUGUUCAAAACAUCUGGGAAAAAUCUAUUUGAAGGGUCAGCCAACUCGGGCAUUACCGCGUUCAAAACAAAUGUGAAUUUGGAAAAAUAGAUGCUAGUGAUCUUCAGGUCGGUAAGUCGGAGCUCCAGGAGGCCCGAGAUCCCCGAGUUGGAUGACUGUUCAAAUCGAUUUCUCCCAGUCGGAACCUCCCCCCUUCAAUGAACACAUUGAAGUCGGAUAUUCCUGAGUUCUCAGUAGUUUUGAACGCGGCAUAAGGUCACAGCUGCCAACGUUUCUUUCUUGGAGGUAUAGACCUAUCCCACAAUUCACAGUGUAACUGUAGUCUAUGGUGCCAACAGGACUAUAAAUUUGCAAGGGGCUAGAUUUCAGCCUUUUUUCUCUGACAUGAGGAUGAAGGAAAGACGUGUUCAUUUGUCGUCUGGAAAACAUUCAUCUCAAUUGAAGUCCCUUCAACUCUAUUCAAUAUGUUUAAGGGAAACCUGACUGGGAUAUUACUUUACAACUCCAUUGAAAAACACUCCAUUGAAGGAUUGUUCCUGUCUGGACUUGAAUGGGGGUAUAUAGACUUAUGCCUCCUGCAGGUGACUUCCUAAACUCCAGGCCAGACCAAGUGCAAGGACAACUUGCCAACUAUGGAAUGCUUCAACUAUUCAAGGAAUACUGUAGACGAGACAGGAGAUGCUUAGGCUGGAUUGAUGGCUCAAUUGGAGUCGAUGCAAGGGAAACCUGGCUGAAAUAUUACUUUACAACUAAAUUGAAGGAAUAAUGGAGAUGCUUGGGCUGGAUUGAUGGCUCAAUUGGUGUCGCUGCAAGACAAAGCAUUGUUGCUUUGACAGGAUUUGAUGGCUUGAUUUAAAGGAUUGUUCCUGUCUGGACUUGAAUGGGGGUAUAUGGACUUAUGCCUCCUGCAGUUGACUUCCUAAACUCCAGACCAAGUGCAAGGAAAACUUGCAAGCUACAUGAUUUCUACUAUUCAAGACAAAGGGGUGGCAGGUAGCCUAGUGGUUAACGCGUUGGACUAGUAACCGAAAGGGUGCAAGAUCGAAUCCCCGAGCUGACAAGGUAAAAAUCUGUCAUUCUGAACAAGGCAGUUACCCCACUGUUCCUAGGCCGUCAUUCAAAAUAAGAAUUUGUUUACUGACUUAAACAAGUUAAAUAAAGGUAAAAUAAAACGGCAUUGAUUUGUUUGGACAGGAUGGACAGCUUGAUUUAAAGGUAAUGUGCCUAUAACAUGUGGAGUGUCUUCUGGACCCAAGCUGUACUCAUAAUCAUGGCAGAGGCUACUUCCUCGUUGGUGAUCUCAAUUCCUUGGGAGAAUAACCCAGGACUUUGGCACAGUUUGACGUAGUCUCCAUCUACAACAAUCUGACUAGAAGACCUGAGACAAUUGUAAUGUUGUAUGUAUACUAAUAUGUCUAAUGAGAUUUGUGUACCUCCACAGGAUUGUUCCUGUUUGGACUUGAAUGGGGUAUAUAGACUGCUGCGUCCUGCAGGUGAUGACAACGCCAGACCACAUGGCUCGACCACCACUGGCAGGGUUCAGUGAUGUGCUGAUCAAUUGUCAAUAUCUGUGGGGUUGGUGUUUAGGGUGCUGAAAUAUUUUUGGGCUGGGUUGAAUGGUUUAUUAAAAAAUAUAUAAUCAUGACUAAUUCUUGAGCAUUUCAGACAGGCUGAGAUUAUUUGUCAUUUCUAACUUUUCAUUUUGGUCGGUGCAGUCGAAUAUAAAUCCCGCCAGUUGGGAGGGUUUAUUAGUAAUUGCGUGUGAACAAACAGCUGACCUGUACCACUAGUUCAUAUGAUCAUUGCAUAAUCCUGACAUGUCAGUGUUUCUGAACAGAUGUACCACAAUGAGGUGAUUGUAUUACCUCAAUUGUGGAUCUAACUGCAUGAAAGUGACUUUCAAAUGGUGUAAAAUAAAAAUGAAUCCAUAAUUGAUUGUUUUUGUUUGUUAAAAAUGAUAGUGGAACAGACUAUUCAAAUUGUGGUUACCCCAAAUGAACCAUGUACAAUAAAUGCGUUGGGGUAUAUCUGCAGAGUAGUGUAAGUGUUUAAUGGUCAUAUUUGGGGGGAGACAGUUUGGCAACCCGGGCCUUUAAAUGGUGCCAAUAAUACCUAUUUGGCUGUAAUUGGAUGGUUUAUUUGAAAAUGGCAGGGAAUAACGUUUUGCGAUUAAGUCUUUACGGUCUCGGGGGUAGAUAAUGCCACAAAUUGUGCAAAGUUAUUUAAUGCAUGAGUGGUAUGAACCAACCCGGUGGGGGCGCCUGUGAGGAGCAGAGCUCGAGCUGGUCCAGGAUUGGCCAAUGGAAUGCCACAGCUGUUCCUGGAUAAACUCAUGUUCCUCAUGGCGAAAGGGAUUCAGAAGGGCACACCAGGAAUCAAGAGAGCAGUGCGCCCCAAAACGGAACUUUUGCUUUUUAUGCGAGUGGCGUUAACCUUUUAAGCAGAUUCUACUUGGGCAGGUAGUCAUUGAUAUAUAAAUUAAUUUAAACGGAGGAUAACCAUACCGAUAUAAUUGAUUGUACAAUACAUUGGAUUAUUACGUCUGACUUGACAGUGAACCAAUUGUUUACAUCAGUUCAGUGGAAAGCAUCUGGCUGGCAGAGGAGACCCAACAUAACCGAAUUAAACCGCAGUUGCUGAAAAUGUUCUCUAAGGAUGGAUGUCUGGCUGUGUGUACAGUUAUAUUUAUUCUGCUGUCAUCAAGUGAGGCUAGAGGUCCACCGUGGGUGAGUCGUCAGGUGGAAGAGCGUCAGACGGCCAGGCUGGGGCGGACGGUGCGGCUUGCGUGCCCCGUAGAGGGUGACCCUCCUCCCCUGGUGCUGUGGGUGAAGGAUGGGCGUAACGUCCACCCGGGCUGGAGCCGCUACCGGGUGCUAAAUAAGAGCCUGAAGAUCAAAGAGGUGGAGCUGGGGGACGCGGGGGUGUACAUGUGCCGUGUCACCAACGGCUUCGGAAGUAUCACGCUCAACUACACCCUCAUCGUCAUGGAUGACACAGCAGCGAGCCAGACAGACGCUCCACCUGCCGUAGUGGAACCCAAUGCUGAGCUCACCCAGCUUGACCCUACAGGAGAGCCCUGGGUGAAGCCUCGGUUUAGUCAGCCCACUAAGAUGCGCAGGCGGGUGCUGUACAAGCCGGUGGGCAGCUCAGUGAGGUUCAAGUGCCAGGCCAGCGGCACCCCUCCUCCCGUCAUCACCUGGUGGAAGGACCAGACCCCGCUGCCACCCCCGCGCCAGGGCAAGCGCCCCCAGUGGACCCUCACCCUAAAGAACCUGCAACCCCAGGACAGUGCCAAGUACACCUGCCAGGUCUCCAACCCAGCCGGGCACAUCAACGCCACCUACAAGCUGGAUGUCAUCGAGCGCUCUCACUGCAAGCCUGUUCUGACCGGCACCCACCCGGUCAACACCACUGUGGAGUAUGGUGGCACCGCCUCCUUCCAGUGUAAGGUCCACAGUGACGUGAAGCCUGUGGUCCAGUGGCUGAAGAGGGUUGACCCAGGCACAGAGGACCGCUAUAACUCCACCCUGGAAGUCGGAGGGCAGCAUUUUGUGGUUCUGCCCACAGGGGACGUGUGGUCCCGGCCUGACGGCUCCUACCUCAACAAGCUGGCUAUCAUCAAGGCCCAUGAUGGGGAUGCUGGGAUGUACAUUUGCCUGGGAGCUAACACAAUGGGUUACAGCUUCCGCAGUGCCUACCUCACCGUGCUGCCAGACCGUCAGGUGGAGAACACAGUGACUCCUCCACACCUGAGCUCCGGCCUGCCCUGGCCUCUGAUUAUUGGCAUCCCUGCAGCAGCCCUCCUCAUCGUAGGCACCAUUGUACUCUGGCUGUGCCACAGCCGCCGACGCCACAACACCUUGCCCCCCCGCUCCAUGACCAUAGCCCACCGAGACCAACACAUUUUGGACAAAGAGCCCAGCACCAACACCCCCUGUAAUACCCUGAAUAGCCCUGACUACCCCAGCCAUAGACUGGUGGGCCUGGGAGCCCCUGUCCUUAGUGGCCCCCCUAAGAUUUACUCCAACGUUUACACAGACAUGCACUCGCACACACACUCCCACUUGGAUGGUAAGGUCCAUCAACACCAGCAUUUCCACUACCAGUGCUAACCAGCCCCCUCUCAUCCCACCCCACACCUACGGCCUUGUCUUCUAGCCACUGCUGCUAUUCUCACCCAACAAUGGACUAUGAGCAAGGUAGAUGGAAACAAGGAAAGGCUUGUAGUUCAUAUGAACUACACCUCCCAUGAUAAGCAGUGCUAAAACACCAUACAGGUCAAAACCUUUACCUGGGAUACGCAUAUUACUAAGACUAUUUCUAUUUGUAGAAAUACAGCUUCAUUGAGAAGUCUCAGGGCGAGAAAUACCCUCUCACAUGUGUGCUAGAGUCAUUUCUUUAUUAUGUGUUUUUUUUAUACUAGUCAACCAAGAGCAAACUCUAAUUGUAUUUUAAAGGAUGAAAAUUACUUACAAAAAAGAUUUAGAUGUCUUUGGAUGCAUGUAGCCCUGGAUAAAUCAUGAAUUAGUUAAUAGGAGAAAUUACCAGGUUUAGGUUCAAUUUAGGUCAACUGAAAUUUGAUUAAAGGUAUUCAAAUUUACACAAAUUAACAUUUCUAAUAGAAUUAAUCCCAACUCUGGAAUGUACAAUUGUAUUACUAUUUUUUAACACUCAUCUAAACAUGUACCGGUAUCCAAACUCCCAAAGCAUUAAGUAAUAUAAGAAACUUUUAAAAGUUUGUGUAAAUUAGAAAAUGUAACUCUGACAAAUUAAAAUCUCAACAAAAUGUUUACAAAUGUGAAAGCUUUUCUAUUCUCAUUAUAGCAACACAAACUGUGCUGUUCUCGGUUCUGAUUAGGUGGUAUUAUUGUUUCAUGUAGGGAAGUACAAUUCAUCAGGGAAAUUAGAUGGAUUUGGUGAUGAGGGCUUUUUUAUUUUUGUAUUCAGAUAUUGUAUAAUAUGUAUCCAACUAAAAAAAUCAGUAUUAUUAGGAGUAGUAUUAUUCACCCUAUGUGUAAGAUGCCAAAUUAUUUUACAGCGCUAUAGAUGUGUAUUUUACUUACAUUUCUUGUGAGGUAUAUUUUUUAUAUAAGGUACAUGAGGAUGAGUAUUGUACCUGUGUCUAUUGGUUUUUAAAACUCACCAAAAAGCUAUUUAGUUGUUUUUACUUUAUUCUUCUAUUUUUCUUUUGGUUUCCACCAUUAUUACAGAUUGGAUUGACCUAUGGGUCAUUUAGUGAAAAAUGACAAGUGUUGAUUGUAUUGUUCAGUUGAAUUACAACUUUAUGCUUGCUUAGUUGUCUCAUAUUUAAUUAAGAAUCUGACCAUAUGUAUACUGUAUAUAAGAUAAUGAUUACAAAGAAAAUGUGGUUUAGAAUUGCCAUGUUAAUCUUAUGCAAUUCCUCUGUGAAACAUUGCAUGCCGCAAACUCACCUCUGGUGCUCAUGUACAUUUAGUACUGUACAAUAAUAUUUUUGUAAUAAAUUGUUUUUUUAAAAUA